AAUUUCCCCAGCGAGCUCACUCUGUGUUUGCACGCCACACCAAUCAGGUUGCUAACAAGUGUCUGUGUAUCAUUCAAAGUUAUCGGCACCAAAAGUGUAACUACUGGAAUCUUCCUUCGUUAGCAUCUAACUACAAGAAUGUUUAAAGGAGUAGCUCUGACGAUGAUGAAGCUGGCAGUUGUGUCACUGGUUGCGACAUACCUUACACCUGGCAGCUGUCAAAUCCCGUGUGAAUACACACCUCAUUUUUACUUAAAUAACGACACAUGUCCACCAAAAGCCGUCUGCGCUGACUUAACGGGCUGGAUCCGUGAGAGCCCAAAUGGAUCACCGUGCGAGGUCACGACCACCAUAAACUGCUGGUGUAACCGGCACACCCCUUGUCCAAUAGACGAUCGGCAUAUUUUCUACGUCUCUAAUCGCUUCACACAAUAUACCUGUGAACCCAAAUGUUCGUUCCCGUGGUGUGACGACAUUCAACCCGCUCCAAUUGCUGUAUCGCGCGAAAUGAAUUCGCCGGAAUUUGGAGGCAACGACUUUAGCAGAAUUGAAUGUAGAUGUCAAAGACACCACAAAAUCAGUGUGUUGAACAGACUAUAUGGGUAUGCGACCUUAUUUAGACGCAACUGGUCGAAUGCAACUCACUCCUCACAACUUUUUGUUUGCAACCCAGAGCUUCAGAAACCUAAUAGAGCUGACCCAUGUUUGCCUAUAAAUCAGAGUGGUUAAGUCACGUACAGUACAGCGACAAGAGUAAUGGACAACCUGAAAUACCGGGAAAGAAGGGCACAUACAUUACACAACACGAAAUGGUUUACUUGGAAGUUUUUUAGUCAGUCUUUAAGCAUUUCUUAAGCUUAUUUUAACUGCAAAUGCUGCUUCUAGUUUAGACCAAUUAAAUCUGUGUUAGGAUAUUUAAAUGACAACUUAUUUGAAAUUUGAUUUGGGAGAAAAUUCAUUUGUUAUCUGCCAUUUUCAAGCUAAACAUAUUAAUUUACUACAUUUACAAGAUAUUGAAAAUACUUUUAAGUUUUGGUUUUAAAAUAAUAAGUACUAGUAAUGUGUGCAUGUAUAAAUAAAAAACUAGAAAUCAAUCAAAUCCAAGAUUCGAUGGACUAGAAUAUGUUUCCAAACUCUUGUAGCUGUGCUGAUCAUGAAUAAAAUUAAGAAACUG